AUAACAAAAGUUUGCCCGCAAGUUUAACAUAUCAAGAUGAUGCCUCCGAACGUAUCACUUAUAAAGUAUGACAGUCCAAUACUUAUCACCAAAAAUUUGGAGAAAAAAUCACCAGGGGCUGCCACAUUAAAAGGCACUCAACAAAUCGCGGAUACUUCCGGUAUACCAUGUCCACCACCCAAAGCCAAAUCAUGUAUGGGUGAAACAAAAACAAACCAACAAACGGAAGAGAUUCUAAAUUCCAUCUUACCUCCCAGAGAAUGGAGUGAAAAUGGUCAGCUCUGGAUUCAGCAUGUUUCAAGCACACCAGCCACUCGACUCGAUGUUGUCAAUCUUCAGGAAGAACUUGAUAGGAGACUACAACAACGUCAGGCAAGAGAAACCGGUAUAUGCCCAGUUCGCAGAGAACUGUACAAUCAGGUUUUCGAUGAACUUAUACGGCAAGUAACCAUUAAUUGUGCAGAGCGUGGGUUGCUGCUUUUGCGCGUACGCGAUGAAAUUCGGAUGACCAUAGCAGCGUACCAAACCUUGUAUGAAUCAAGUGUAGCAUUCGGGAUGAGGAAAGCUCUGCAAUCUGAACAAGGGAAGGCAGAUAUGGAACGAACGAUAGCUGAUUUGGAACAAGAGAAAAAAGAUCUAGAAAGACAAGUUUACGAACUAAAAACAAAGUGCGAACAAAUCGAAAAGCGAGCAGCAGAACAAAGGCAGUUAGAAGAAAAGAAACAUCAGGAUGAAAUACAGUUCUUAAAAAGGAAUAAUCAACAGCUAAAGGCUCAACUGGAUGGAAUUAUGAACCCAAAGAAAUAAUGAACUUAUGUUGCCAGUUCAUCGACAUCCAAGUAUUCAGCUACAUUCAAUAUUUGCACUUAUUUUUAUCCUAAUUUGUUUCAUCACCACUGAAACAUGAUUCUUGACUUGACAGAUAUGUAUCAUAUUUCAAAAUGUUAAAAAAGCCUUCUUAAUACUUAUAAUGAAACUGAGAACAUUAGUAUUUUCCUGAAAAGAGGAAAGUUAUUUUCGAA